CGGGUCUGGCCCAGGCUGGGGCCCUGCCCGCGGCCGCCCGCAGCAGCGCCAGCCGGGCCUCCACCCGGCACACCUGCGGGGAGCGCAGAAGCAGAUGGAUAACCGGACAUCUAAUGCAUGUCUUCAAAAGCCAUGAGUUUCAGAAAAUUACUCUCAGAAACACGGAGAACAUUUCCUGCUACUAAAGUACACUGCCAGCAGCCAUCGCGGAUUCUCAUUGUGGAUGUCACAUCACCUUCCUGGACCAACACUUGUUCUCUACUGUCUGAAGCUCUGGAAAACACACUGUGUUUGGCACACAGCUUGACCGGCCCCUGCCGUGUGCCCCUGCUGAGCCUCUAUGUUGUGCAGAACCAGCAGGAGUGUCUGCUCCCCUUUACGCAAGUGAAAGAAAACUUUGCAAGAAUCCAAGCCUGCAUUUCGGAGCUCCGCUCACUACCAAGAGAAGGCUAUUUCCCACAGGGGGGAAAUGGAGUGGUACAAGCUGUGCAGGAUGGAUUGCAACAGUUCAAGCAGUACAGCAGACACACAACAGCAGGAAGCUCAGCAAACAGUUCUGUUGAGAUCACAAUUUUGACAAGCCAGUCCAGCCAAGAAAUGGCAAAGCAGCUGGAAAAGAAGUUAAAAGAUCUAGACUUGAUGAGUCUGCGAAGCAUACAAGUAAUAGAGGUUUUGAAGAGAGAUUUUCUGCAGCCUCAGGAUGUAGAACAGCACAUGCCAACAGAAGAGCCUGAUAGCAAUGACAUUGCGAUCCUGGGAAUGGACAUCGAUGUGCAAACCAUAGAGGACAAUGUAAUCAGCUUGGAGAUGCUGUUUAAAUCAUGGCUACAUGACUACAACACAGAGAGGGAACACCUCCAUCUCCUUCUCCCAUCAGGAGGCUCCAGCCAUGUCACUGCACCCAAGACCACCCUGAUGUGCCUCAAGUGCGAUUUGCAGGAGAGGUUGCUCGACCCAGCUCUACUUUCUGGGACAGCUGAUGGCACCAUGAGAGCAGCAGACGUGAAUUCACCAUGUCAGAUGGCAGCCUGGCCACCUACAGUGCUGUAUAAACUCCGGGUUGUAAAGGCUCUGAAAUAUGAAGGAGUCUGUGAGUCUGUACUCUAUGGCCUGCCCUUCAUCAUCAAGCCCACAAGCUGCUGGCAGCUAGACUGGGAUGAACUGGAGAUAAACCAGCACAGCUUCCAUGCUUUGUGUCAUAGUCUUCUGAAAAGGAACUGGAUGCUUUUGGCCAGACGUGAGCCACAGAAUACUGGUCCAAACUGGAACAUUGUGGUGCAUUCCUACUACAUCAUUCUCCCUUCUGACUCUGCAACUCUACUUGUCAAAGCAGUUGCCGUCAGAGAGCUCUUGCUGCCAUCAACCUUCCCAGCCCUCCUUCCUGAACACCCUGAGAGAGUGCGUGGCCCGGUAGAGAGUGCCCUGAACAGCCUGGAAGUAGAAGUUGCUUAUAACCCCUUGCACCUAAAAAGCAACCUCUACAAAUACCUGAAGAGUACAUUGUACAAACCUCUGCACAGGCAGCAGGCCCAGGCCAGAGACCAGCGACCAGAGCGGCAUCAGCCCAAGCAGCAUCAGAGCAGAGCCAAAGCCACGGUGGCACCGCUUCUGAUGGCUCCUUCUCCUGCCCAAGCGCUCAGGCCAGCAGCAGCCAGGAGGGAUUCCUGCAAGCGCUCCCUGCUCCCCAGAGAGUACGAGGAGUUCCUGCAGUGAGCCAGGCACUGCUCCCAGCAGCCACAACAGGGCAGCCAAGGCUCCAAGUUUGGCCUUGGGCAGACCAGCACUUCCCAUUGUUUGUUCCUCCUUGUUGUUACAGUUUUGUUAGUCACCGAGUCAGUCAGCAGGAAGAUGCUCCAGGGCCCUCUGUCCAGAGAUUGAGCUACCCCCACAAUGCCCCACAUUUCCCAUUUCUGUCAGCACACAUCACUGACAUGCCUCAAAUUCGGGUUUCUGAGACUAGGCUGGGACAGGCCACAAACCACAGACUGCUGUCAGCAGGUGCAGCAAAGCUGCCUCAGGGCGGUGAGGAAGUCAGACAGAUAAAUAGGCAGAAAGGUAAAGCUGCCCUCAUCCUGCAGGAGGAACAGGGUGUUUGAACAGGCAUAAAACAGGGCUUUUGAAUUUCAUCUUAAAGCUCAGAGCUCUGCCCUCCUGAAUUUCAUCUUAAAGCUCACUAGUGAUCACUGAGAUCACUACCCAUAGCGAUGCUAAUUUUCUUGCUUCUAUAACUGGUCUCACUGCCCACUGCCCCAGCUCAUGAAGGGGUUUGUAGCAAGUGCCAAGCUGGCUCCUACACAGUGACUGCUCCCUGCAGCUGCAGCACAGCACCCAGAAGUGGUUGCUUGGACGCCCUCCUCCCUAUAGCCCAUCUGUGUCCGUGGAGCUGUUCCACAAGCCAGCACAGCAGUACUUUGACAGUGUUCAGAAGAUGGGGAAAGUUGGUCUA